GCCCCGCUGAGGCCUCGCAGCAUGGAGGAGCCUUCCCGCCGCCCGCGCCCGCCGCCCCGCACAGAGUCGCGCUGCUGUACCGCGCCGUCGCGCCGUUGUCCUGGUGUUGGCGCGUCCCCGGUGAUGGCCCGCCUCGCCGCCGCGACGUCGCCGUCCUGGCCGUAGGGUGUCCGUCCCGUCCGUGCGUGGGUGGGCGCGCCGUCCUGGUCUGCUCCAUUUCCCCUGCGGCCCUUUUGAUUCGCGCUGCCGCUGUGCUCUGCUGUGCACUGUGCACCCGACAGUCCCGAGCUCCGCUGCUGCUGCUGCUGCUGCUGCUGACGGCACUGGGACUUCCCUCAGGGUACAUCAGGUGCGUGGUGCCUCGUGGAGCCGCGAGUAGCGGUGACUCCGGGCCUUCGGCGUCGUCUUGGUCCUCCGGUUUCGCCGGGUGCAGCGAGAAGAGGCCACUGAUCGGGCGCGCGUGCGAUCACCCUUCUUCCAUUUCCUACUCCACCUCCUCCUCGUCCUCCUCGGGGGCCUCCGUGCCCGGUGUGGUGAAGCAGGUCGUGACGGAGGUCGGUCGUCGCGGUCUGGGCCCCCUAGCGCGCGCGCGCCGCGCUCUAGAGUAGUUGGUGGAUUGGUCUGACUGAUUGACCGACUGAGCCAUGUCGGGACACUCGAUGCUGCAGCCGCUCCUCUUUCGGUAUCGGGACCGCUGGAGAUCAAGUGGAGAUGAUGCAGCAUCUUCCUCACAAGUUGACAGCUCUGUGGAUGUGGCUGAUGGAGCUGGAAGUGGAAUGGGGUACAGAGUUAUAUUUGUCAACCGACCUCAACCACAAGUCAACAAAUACUGCACAAAUUAUAUUUCAACUGCCAAGUACUCCUUAGUGUCCUUUUUCCCAGCUUUUCUUUUUGAGCAGUUCAGACGGUACUCCAAUUGCUUCUUCUUGUUUAUUGCCAUGCUGCAGCAAAUACCUGACGUCUCACCUACGGGGAGAUGGACCACCCUCGUUCCUUUGUUAUUUAUUCUUACUGUUUCCGCCAUCAAGGAAACCAUUGAAGACAUUAAAAGGCACCGUGCAGAUAAUGAAACCAAUCAGAAGGAGGUAGAAGUACUGAGGGAUGGACAUUGGCAAUGGGUGAAAUGGCAUGCUGUUCUGGUUGGAGAUAUUGUCAAAGUUCACAAUAACAAUUUCUUCCCUGCUGAUCUUAUUGUCUUAGCGACAAGUGAGCCGCAAGCAAUGUGUUACAUUGAAACCUCCAAUCUAGAUGGGGAAACUAAUUUGAAAGUUCGUCAGGGACUAGCAGACACAGCACAUUUUCUAAAGACAGAGGAUCUGGCACAGUUUCGUGCUACUGUGGAAUGUGAUUUACCAAAUCGCCACUUGUAUGAGUUUAGUGGUGUGAUGAAAGAACAAAAUAAACAGAAACUUUCUCUUGGCCCUGACCAAGUGCUACUGAGAGGUUCUCUGCUUCGAAAUACCAGAUGGGUUUUUGGCUUGGUUGUUUACACUGGCCAUGAAACAAAACUAAUGAAGAAUUCAACCUCUGCUCCUUUGAAGAGAUCCUCAGUGGACAAAUUAAUUAACAAACAAAUUCUUAUUCUUUUUAUGAUUUUAAUUGUGUUGUGUCUGAUUUCUGCUUCAUGCAGUGAGUGGUGGUCACAUACACAUGGAGAUAAUGAUUGGUAUUUGGGUCUAGCAUACCCAUCAAAAAAUUUUGGAUACAAUCUCCUAACAUUUAUGAUUCUCUAUAACAACCUCAUUCCAAUAUCUCUUCAAGUAACUUUGGAGAUGGUUCGUUUCAUUCAGGCCACAUUUAUUAACAUGGAUAUUGACAUGUAUCAUCCUGAAACAAACACACCUGCAAUGGCAAGAACAUCCAACCUCAAUGAAGAACUUGGAAUGGUGAAAUAUAUAUUCUCGGAUAAAACGGGAACUUUGACUCGGAAUGAAAUGGUCUUUAAACAGAUGAGUGUGGGAGGCAUUUUCUACAAACCAGCUGAAAACUUAAAGGAUACUCUAUUAUUCCAGCAUAUUGAUCAAAAUCAUGAAAAUGCCAGCCUUCUUCGGGAAUUUUUAGUGUUGAUGUCAGUUUGCCACACAGUUAUACCUGAGCAAAUGUCAGAUGGAGUUAUACAGUACCAUGCCUCAUCUCCUGAUGAACGAGCGCUAGUUCAAGGUGCAUCUAUGUUUGGUUUUACAUUUGAUACUCGAACACCAAGCUCUGUGGAAAUCAUGGCUUUGGGAAAAAGAGAAAAAUAUGAAAUACUGCAUGUGAUAGAGUUCACAAGCACAAGAAAACGCAUGUCAGUAAUAGCCCGCACACCAGAUAAUAAAAUAAAAUUGUACUGCAAGGGUGCAGAUACUGUUAUUUAUGAGCGAUUAAGUCAAGGGACUCAAAAAGCCAAAGAGCAAACUCUAAAGCAUUUAGAAACAUUUGCUAGUGAAGGUCUACGUACUCUUUGCUGUGCUGUAGCUGACAUUUCACCAGAGGCUUAUGAAGAGUGGAAAGAGACUUAUCACAAAGCCAAGGUUUCUUUGCAAAAUAGAGAGCGCAAGCUUGAUGAAGCAGCAGAACUAAUUGAAACAAACUUAAACUUGCUUGGAGCUUCUGCAAUUGAAGAUAAACUACAGGACCAGGUGCCAGAAACAAUUUCUGCCUUAAUCAAAGCUGAUAUAAAUGUGUGGGUGCUGACUGGAGAUAAACAAGAAACAGCAAUUAACAUUGGUUAUUCAUGUCAACUUAUAACCCAAGGAAUGCCAAUUUUGAUUGUGAAUGAAGGUAGCCUUGAUGAUACAAGAGACACAAUUGGUCGACAUAUUGCAGACUUUGGCGAACAUUUGAAAAAACCAAACCAUGCUGCUCUUGUUGUUGAUGGACAUACAUUAAAAUAUGCUCUAACACAUGACCUUCAGCGAGAUUUCCUGGACUUGUGCAUUUCUUGCAAGGUUGUAGUAUGUUGUAGAGUAUCUCCCAUGCAGAAAGCUGAGAUGGUAGAGCUUGUUACUGUGCACACUGGGGCAGUGACAUUAGCCAUUGGAGAUGGUGCUAAUGAUGUUGCCAUGAUUCAAAAAGCUCAUGUAGGUGUUGGGAUUUCGGGAUAUGAGGGACUUCAAGCAGCGUGUGCUUCUGAUUACUCUAUCGCUCAGUUCCGGUUUUUAUUAAAGUUACUGCUAGUUCAUGGCGCCUGGAACUACAACAGAAUGUGUAAAUUAAUUCUGUACAGUUUUUACAAAAAUAUCUGCUUGUACAUUAUUGAACUCUGGUUUGCCAUAUAUUCCGGCUGGUCCGGUCAGGUUAUGUUCGAGCGAUGGACUAUUGGUCUUUAUAAUGUGUUGUUCACGGCCUCGCCUCCCAUAACAAUGGGAAUUUUCGACAAAGUUUGCUCAGCCGAAAUGAUGCUUCAAUAUCCCAAGUUAUAUGCUCCUUCUCAAAAUGGAGAACAUUUAAAUGUAAGGGUUUUCUGGGGAUGGAUUAUAGUGGCCAUAAUUCACUCCAUCAUACUGUACUGGUUACCAAUGCUCAUGUGUCAGCAUGAUGUGCUUUGGAGCACAGGUCAUGAUCAGAGCUAUUUAGUUCUUGGUAACUUUGUCUACACUUACACUGUGGUCACUGUUUGUCUUAAAGCUGGUUUAGUGACAAACUCAUGGACGUGGCUGACACAUGCUGCAAUCUGGGGAUCAAUAUUAACAUGGUUUUUGUUUGUUGUGAUCUACAGUGCAUUUUGGCCUACUAUUCCUCUGGGUGCUGUAAUGUCUGGGAUGGAUAAAAUGAUGUUUACUUCACUAGUUUUCUGGCUGGGUCUUUUCCUCAUUCCAUUUUCUACUCUCAUUAUCGAUGUAACAUACAAAGUAAUAUCUACUUCCACUCACAAGUCCCUGACAGAUGCUGUUCGAGAGAGUGAAAUUAGAAAGUCAGAUCCUGGGAUAAUCAUGGCAGAAAGCAAAACACUGACAGAACGGGCACGACUCCUCAAGAAUGUUUUCAGCCGCCGCUCAGCAACAAGGGUAAACAUGGAAGUUGAGCUGAGCCAUGGUUUCGCUUUUUCUCAAGAAGAAGGUGGAGCAGUGGCCCAGUCAGAUGUUAUUCGAGCAUACAACACAAACUUGCCAAAGCCAGGUGGAAUGUAGAUUUUGUUUUGAUCCUCUGAAGAAAAACAUUACAGUAUUUUGUAACUAAAACAGUGUUGGUAAUGUGGGCAGCAAUCUAUAAUUAGAUUCUGUGGGACCACAUUCUCUGUAAUUGUACAGAUGAGAUAAAUUUUGGAAAAAUUGAUUGCUUUUAUCUUAAGUGAAAUUGUACGCGUCUAUUGAGGAGUGAAUACUCCAUAAAGCCUUGACUACUGCAUUUGCAGAAGAUUUUAUUCUGGAAUAAUUACUAAUCAAUGCAAGGUAUUAUGUUUAACAGUGCAAAGUAAAUGUACUGGAAAAAAUUAGCACACUUAUCGAUUAAGCAAAUUGCCUAAUUUUCUUAUCAUAGCUUAAGACUGUCUUGCUUUAAAUUACUAUUGAAUUGUAAUCAAAAGCUUCGGAAAUUGACACUAUUGCGCUGGGAUAGAUUGCAAAUUUGCAUUGAGUUGUGUUUAACUUCAAAGUGAAACUGUGAAUCUGAAAGUCUUUGUGAUUCCUUUAUUUUUUUAAAGAAUAAGUGGUCCUUGUGAUAAUUAGAUUGAUGUACCUCUGAUAAUUCGGACAUUGCAAACUUCUACAUGUUACUUCUGUUUCUUGGCUGUUUACUAUUCUGUCAAAAAAAAAUUAUUUAUUGGUUUUGCAGAAACAUUUUUGUAGCUGAGUUGUUCCAAGUCUAUAGAAUCACAUUUCUCUUGAAGUUGGUGGUUUAGUGAGUUGUCAUUUUCAUCUCCUUCAUAAUUUUUUCUCUUCUUGACAAAUUAAAAACAAGAAUUAUUUGCAAAGUCAGAUAGAAAGAUAGUAUUUUGAGAUCAAGAGAUUAUUUGAAAUUCAAUUUCUUCGCAGCUCUUUCUUUUAAAAUAGGUCUCUCCUGUGCGGUGAUUAGUUCUUUGUGUAAGGAUAAAGAUAACUGAAGUGUACUUGUCCCUUACCCUUUUUUAUUACGAACUUUAAUGACUGAUAUUGUCACGAAAAUACAGUUGCUAUCUGGAAGUCUGAAUGUUUCUUCGUCCUUUGGCUGCAAGAUGAUGAUCAUCAGGCCAAGCACUGUCAUUCUAAUUUUUUAAAACAAUUAAGUUUUCCUUGCUGACAAGAAAAAAAGGUUUGUAAUUGAUUUUCAGUUGAUUGAUUUUGUUAAUACUCAUUUAAAUGUGAUGUCUUGAUCUUCAAGCUUUGAGCUCGCAGAGAAUCUUGGUAUUCUUUCCUUUCUGCCACUGACAUUGAUUACCUAUUUCAAUUACCAUAACUUUGAAUAGAUGACCAAAUAUAUAAGCAAUUGAAUUGGGAAGCGACAUUACUAUUAAAAUCUAACCGAAGGUUUCAGGACUUGUCUUUGGCAGUAUGAUGUCUUGUGUUUUGGUCCCAUAGAUGACUGGAAAUCAUGGUUGAUGCAGAAUGUAUGCAUCAUUAGUGGCAGCUUAAGUUAAGUUGUAAAGUGCAACUUCACAAUGUGAUAAUAAUAUGUACAUCUAUAAGAAUUAAUGAGCCAUGUGUUUUCAUUGUGCUAAUAUGUAUUUGCUUGUUGUGUAUAGUGUAUAGAUACAGGAUACUUAUUUAUUUUAUUUUCAAAAUUUCCAUUAUUUAUGUGUCAUAAGUAAAGUUAAAGAGUGUAUUUGCACUCGAUUGCACACCAUUAAUAUGUAGUUGAUUAACUAGACUGUGGCUUAAGAGAAUUGCCCAUUUAUUAUUUGACGAUCUUUCUUUGGUUGUUUUCAUGCUUAAAUAAGUGUUGAUUUUUAUAAUGCGUUGUUAUUUUUAUGUGUUUAUACAAAGGUUUCCUGACUGAUUUGAACAUCCUAGUCCUAUGUAAAAAUUGUACACAGAUAGUUCUAUCAUUUAAUAUGUUUAAGUGUGGCCACCACACAGCUGUAUUAAUUGAUAAUCUGUUACCUUCAACUUUGCUAUAUUUCUGAUUUUAAAAUUCAUUUUCAUUUUCUCAUGAGUUACCACAGAAUGUUUUAUAUAAUAUAACAAUCUAUAUUUCAGGUACAAACACUAUCAAAAGUUUGUUUCCAUUUUAUUCAAUGUUUCACCGUUAAAUGUGAGGUAGGCAUUUUCUUGGAUAAAAUGGGAACCCUAGUCCUGCCUAUGCUUUGAGGCAUUUUUGUAGUUUCUAACCUUUGACCUUAAACAGAAAGUACUGGUAAACGCCUUCCAUUUAUUUGUGAGGUUACAUUGAUUACCUGGGACAUUUAAAAUCUGACAUGCUGGAUCUGAGGCUGUAAUUUUUGUACCCACUGAUUUCUUGUUCAUGCUGAUCUCAUUGUCAGAACUCUUAUAGUUGCAAGAAUACAGGUCUGGAGAGAAAUGUAGCUGUGUUUCAUUUUUAAAUUGCAAUUAAUCUAGUUUCUUUGCACCAUUAAAAUAUUCCUUACCUGCAAACUGAUUUGAAAUUGUAUCUACUAAAUGUGGAUGAUUGGAAAGCUAAUGAAUAAAUUAUUGCACUAGUUUUGGUCAGCACAAAUUAA